AUGACACCAGCACCCGAUCCAACUCUCCAUCACCCACGGAUCCUCUGCCUUCAUGGCGGCGGCACAAACGCCCGCAUCUUCCGCGCCCAAUGCCGCGGCCACUCCUCCCACCUCUGCCGAUACUUCCGCCUUGUCUUCGCCGAAGCACCUUUCCCCUCCACCGCCGGACCGGACGUCCUCCCCGUCUACGAAGCUUACGGGCCCUUCAAGAGUUGGCUGCGCGGGAAGCACCCCGAUCAACCCGAGCCAGAUCCCACUUCGACAUGGGAGGCAGUGGACGUUGCCCUCGCCCAAGCCGUUUUUGAUGACGAUGCGAAAGGCGCCACGGGACCUUGGGUCGCUGUGUUCAGUCAGGGGGCCAAGAUGGCUGCUUCUGUGCUGCUGAGAGCCCAGGAGGCGCCGAGUACGCUGCGAAGAAUUUGGAAGGAGGGAGACGUUAAGUUAAGGUUUGGGGUCGUGAUGGUGGGGAGGCCACCAUUGAUGCCGAUAGAUGAGAGGGGGGUCCGCGAUGGUGAUGACGAGGCGGGCAAUGCGGGCAUGCUGCUCUACCUGCCUACUGUUCAUGUACUUGGUCUGCGCGAUGGGGGUCUUUCGUCGCAUCGGAAGUUGCUGGAGUGGUGUGAGCGUGGGAGUGCGACUGUGGUCGAGUGGGACGGGGAGCACAGGGUGCCGAUUAGGACUGGGGAUUUGCAGCUUGUGGUUGAUGCUAUUCUCGCUGUUGCUGCGGAGACAAAAGGUUUUGGAUUUCUCAGAGUGACGUGA